GCAGUGACAUGGUUGGUAAUGCAUCGUGUGGAGAUAAAGUACAAAUAAAAUAUUUUGAUACUUUUAAAGACAAAUUAACAUGGUACAAGCCAUAUUACUGAAUAAAUGACAUUCUUUACAUCUAUACUUACAGUAUUAAGAUACGAACUGCAUAGUAUCAAGCAGGGGGUGAUAAAAUAUUUCGACACCCAUAUAUGACAAUAAACAUGGCGUCUUUCGCGGAGGAAAUGAAAAAGUUUUUCAAUAGCAAUCCUCGAACACGAGAUGUUCAAGCACAUUCUGCAAAGGUUCACUCCGUCGCUUGGAGUUGCGAUGGUAGGCGCCUUGCAUCUGGCUCUUUCGACAAAACUGUCUGCAUAUACAAUUUGGAUAAAGACCGACUGACCAAAGACUACACUGUGUUCAGGGGCCAUGGUGCUAGCGUUGAUCAACUUUGUUGGAAUCCUCAAAAUCCAGACCAGUUGGCAACUGCCAGUGGAGACAAGACCGUUCGUGUCUGGGAUGCAAGAACAAAUAAGGCAGCAGCCAGUAUUAACACAAAAGGUGAGAACAUAAACAUAUGUUGGUCACCAGAUGGGAGUACCAUUGCAGUUGGUAACAAAGAUGAUCUGGUGACUUUCAUCGAUGCAAAAUCUCAUAGAUCUCGGGCAGAGGAACAGUUCAAGUUUGAAGUCAAUGAGAUUUCAUGGAACAACGAUGGGGAUCUCUUUUUCUUGACCAGUGGUCACGGCAGCAUUCACAUUUUCAGUUACCCAGAAUUAAAGACGCAGCAUGUCCUCAAUGCUCAUCCAGCCAACUGCAUAUGUAUCGAGUUUGACCCAACCGGACAGUACUUUGCCAUCGGUAGUGCUGAUGCCCUGGUCAGUUUAUGGAGUGUUCCGGAACUUGUCUGUAUGCGUACGUUCUCCAGACUAGAAUGGCCUGUGAGAACCCUCAGUUUCAGUAAUGAUGGCAAAAUGUUAGCAUCUGCCUCAGAGGAUCUUGUCAUUGAUAUUGGAGAAGUGGAAACAGGAGAAAAACUUCAUCAGAUAACAUGUGAUUCCCCUACAUUCACGGUGGCUUGGCAUCCCAAGAGAUAUUUGUUAGCUUACGCGUGUGAUGACAGAAGGGACAGAGAUGCAGGAAUUGUGAGAGUCUUUGGAUUUCCCUCAGAUUCUUGAUGCUUUGUUCUAGUUGUUGACGUAUAGUGUGCCUGUAUCAUGUGUACAUCCCUGAAACUAUCAUGUUAGCAUGGUGUGUGGAUGAGUAUUUGGUUUCUCAUGUGUGUAGAUGAUUGAACUUUGUUGUUUUGUGAAUGUGAGAAAGAAUGCAGCAUGUGAUGGUUGAGUCCUGAUAUUUAUAGAUUUGGGUGGGGGCCUGGGUGUUGUUUGAUUGUAGGUUCAGGCUGGAGCAACUCUUGAAAUUUUGUUUAUGGAAAUAAAUAAUGGUCUGGUUGGAUAAAGAAUGUGUUACUCUUGAAUAAAUGAGUUGAUUGAA